UCAAAACCCUUUUCUCAGAAGAUUUUGUGAAGGUCUCGGCUGUUCGAAGCUCCCCCAGAGAGAAGAAGAAAGAGUUCCACUCGAGAUCCCUUCAACAAAAUGUCUUUGGUUGCAAACGAAGAUUUUCAACACAUUCUUCGUGUGUUGAACACUAACGUUGAUGGAAAGCAAAAGGUUAUGUAUGCCUUGACCUCAAUCAAGGGUAUUGGUAGGAGAUUUGCCAAUAUUGUCUGCAAGAAAGCUGAUGUUGACAUGAACAAGAGGGCUGGUGAACUAUCUGCAGCUGAGUUGGAGAAUUUGAUGACAAUCGUUGCUAACCCACGUCAAUUCAAAAUUCCAGACUGGUUUUUGAACAGAAAGAAGGAUUACAAGGAUGGAAGAUACUCACAAGUUGUAUCUAAUGCUCUUGACAUGAAGCUCAGAGAUGAUUUGGAGCGUUUGAAGAAGAUCAGGAACCAUCGUGGUUUGAGGCAUUACUGGGGUCUCAGAGUCCGUGGACAGCACACCAAGACUACUGGUCGCAGAGGUAAGACCGUUGGUGUCUCCAAGAAGCGUUGAAGACUGGUUGUUAUUCUUUUGGUCGGAGAAGUUGUUAUGGUGAACUUUGUCAUUCUGCUUUAAAAUUGGAACCUGGAAGGACUUAAAUUAUGAUACUACCAGUAUAGUUUAGGAUUUUGAAUAUCUUGGAAUUUUAAUGUCCUGCAUUUUUCUUACUGAAAUCUGCGACCACAUUUUGAUAUGGAACUUCUUUGUAUUUGGCUUUUUUAAGUGUUAACAGUUAGAUAUGCUGCACCAAAAUCUGGAAAUUUGAUUUGUUUUGAUUGUUCUCUUUUUCAA